AUGCCGGAAAAGAAGACCACUUCGAAGAAGAAGCCUGUCAGUCAGGCACUGCCAGCACCAGCAUCCGCGUCAACAACUUUAGCAGCCACAUCAUCACCACCACCAGCUACAGAAGAGAGCAUUGCAAAGCUCAUUGCCCUUGCCACAUCAUUGCCAGACUCACCAUUGGGUCUCGUCUGGAAGCAUGCAUUUGAGCAAGGGUCACAGGAAGGAUUUAAGAGGGGAGCAGCCUUUUUCAAAGACAUGGAUGUAAAGCAGGCAUUUCGUGAAGGGGCAGAUCAAGGGCAGAUUGUUGGGAUAUUGGCUGAGAGGGAAGUAUGGGAGGUUGAAGGUCAUGGUCAAUGGUGCUUUGACAAGCCACUAACAUGCUUCUCCUGCAACAUAGGACUUCCUGAGGGACAUAGCUGCACUGCCAACAAGCUUGACACUAUAGUUCAGGUUGAUUCCGUUGAGGCUCGACCACCCUCUGUCAAAGCUGCUAUUCAGGUUUCUGCCACACACCAUGCUUCCUCAUCCCAGACUGGUCCACCACCUCUUCUUGUCAAUGCUGAAACUCAAGCUCAGCCAUGGAUCUCACUCCUGCUGCUACAACUACUUCUACCCUGGAUCCCCCAGCUUUUGAUUGGUCUGAAGACACCACUGCCAUACCCAUUACUCCCAUAUUCCUGA